AUUUUAGCCACGAUUACUUACUUGUCACAUAACAUCCAUAACAUCCUUAACCUGUCAAACAAGGUAGAUUUUUAUGAAGAUUUAUUGGAUAUAUCAUUUCUUUGGCAGUGCCGUAGCCAGACCUAAAAAAACACUGAAAAAGCGAUUUCCUGCAUUCAGGAGUAUCUUUGGUCGAUGGUUUGUGUACAUUGAGGCAAAUGAAGAGCUACCUCAUGUAAGGCAUUUAAGAAACACAGUCUAAACUAUGGAGGCAGAAUCUCAGCCAGACGGGGAAGAAAGCGGACAGUCCAGACCACAAGUAAUGAAUGAUGACGGAGAUCAGUCUGUCCGUGAAGAUGGAGGUCAUAAUCCUGUUGACCCUAAUGGUCAGUUUAGUGGUCAUUCUGCUGAUGUAAACACUCGGACAACCCAGGCUUCAACAUACUUUGACCAGAAGAUAGUCAUUCCACAUUCGGAAGGGGUGCGGUUUAGUUUUCGGACUCUGUGGGCGUUCACUGGUCCCGGUUUUCUGAUGAGCAUUGCAUACCUCGACCCAGGAAACAUCGAGUCAGAUCUAAGAUCUGGAGCUCUUGCACAAUUUAAGUUGCUAUGGUUACUACUGGUGGCCACAAUUCUGGGAUUGUUGAUGCAGCGUUUGUCCGCACGUCUGGGCGUUGUCACCGGCAUGCACCUGGCUGAAGUUUGUUGUCGAUGGUACCCGCGGGUACCGAGAAUCCUGCUCUGGAUCAUGGUUGAAAUCGCUAUCAUAGGCUCAGAUAUGCAGGAGGUUAUUGGAACAGCCAUCGCAUUCUACCUCCUUUCAAAUGGAAAGAUUCCGUUGUGGGCAGGAGUACUGAUUACUAUUGCUGAUACUUUUACAUUCCUUCUGUUGGACAAAUACGGGCUGCGUAAACUGGAGGCAUUCUUUGCUACUCUUAUACUGAUUAUGGCUGUCACAUUUGGGUAUGAGUAUGUGACAGUGGCCCCUAACCAGGUUGAGGUACUUGCUGGAAUGUUCAUCCCAUACUGUAAAGACUGUGGCCCCAAACAGUUGCUACAAGCUGUAGGAGUAAUUGGGGCCAUAAUUAUGCCACAUAAUCUCUACCUACAUUCUGCCCUAGUCAAGUCCAGAGAUGUUGAUCGAAGUAAAAAGUCCGCAGUAAAGGAGGCAAACUUUUAUUUCUUCAUAGAAGCGGCCAUCGCUUUAUUUGUGUCCUUUCUCAUUAACGUUUUUGUGGUGUCUAUAUUCGCGGAGGGAUUCUAUGGGAAAACAUCUAGUGAGAUUUAUGACAGUUGUAAAGCCAGCGAUAACCCUCACGCAGAAAUCUUCAAUACAAACAGUACAGAAGUUGAAGUGGACAUAUUCAGAGGGGGUGUGUUUCUCGGUUGUCAGUUUGGCUUAGCUGCAAUGUAUGUCUGGGCUGUAGGGGUGCUGGCGGCUGGACAGAGCUCUACCAUGACUGGCACAUACACUGGACAGUUUGUUAUGGAGGGCUUUCUGGAUCUACAUUGGAAGCGCUGGCAGAGAGUUUUACUGACCAGAUCUAUUGCAAUCUUUCCCACAAUUCUCCUGGCAGUGUUUGAAGGCAUACAGGACCUCACGGUCAUGAAUGACCUACUAAAUGUUGUGAUGAGCCUUCAGCUUCCAUUUGCUUUGCUGCCAGUCCUAACAUUUACCAGUUCACCCGCUAUAAUGGCCGACUUUGUGAACGGCAUAGUGAUGAAGGUUAUAGCUAGCGUGCUGACUGUGGUUGUCAUAGGGAUCAACCUGUUCUUCGUGGCUGUGUUCAUCCAACGUCUUCCCGAGCAUUGGGCCAUCUACCUGGCCAUAGCUGUCGUUGUUUGUCUCUAUAUGGCAUUUGUGCUGUAUUUGGCCUGGCUUUGUCUUAUAGCUAUGGGCUUCCAUUGUCUUGAACGUCUUCCAUGUGUGGGCUGCCUUAGAGUGCCGGAGAUGUACAGUGUUCACCAGAGUGAAAAUCGAGCAGAUGAUACAGAUGUUGACAUCCUUUCGGAAACACCUAUGGAACAGACAUCUUAUGGAUCCAUAGAUUAAAGCUCUUUUAUAUUCUUUAUAAACAGUGGUGUGCAUUUGUCUGACUGACUCACCAUAAUGCCUGAUGUUAACUAUUGAGUGUCUCAGGGUCUGCCUUAUUUUCUUUGUCUUGAUUUAAAUCUGCAGACGUGUCACUGAUAGCAACAAAUCAAUUUUUCUCAUUUCUUCAUCUUCGUUUUGGCAAAUUCUGAACUAAUGUACUCAGUUCACAAAAAUAUUUAGCAAAUGAAAAUGUAACACUUAAGAUAGAAUAAUUUGAAUUUACUCUUAAAACUUUUAAAGACAAACUGAACAAAAAGUGUUUGUUUUUCUACAUCUAACUUAAAACAGUGAAUAGUCCUACAUGUUUUCAAACAUUAAUGCAUAAGAUCAUAAUUGUGGCGCAUAUUGUGGAGCUCAAUGAAAUUUCUUCAUUGCUAAUUUUUUAUUUUAAAAUCUAAUUAGUUUAAACAUUAUAUAUAUUUUACAACGCUUGUGACGAAAGUUAUGAAAAGUUAUACUUAGUCACUCUUGCUGGUAUGAUGCUGUGCAAGAGUUUGGUCUUGUUUUGUGAGGGAAACUCGAGUACCUUGUCUGGCUUGGUGACCACUGACCAAACCCACUUUCCCCCAAGCCGUGAAUCGAACAUGGGUCGAAUUGUGAGGGCUGAAAAUUUCCCUAACUGGACAACUUGAUUAUGUUUAUCCAUUGAGAAAAAAAAGAAAACUGGACAAAACAACUCUUAGAAUCUCAAAUAAGAAAGGCUAUCAUGGAAAAAUUUGCAACUUAUCCAUGAAGGCAUCCUGAAUUAUUGCUGGAUGAAAUGAGAACAAAAUUUUAUUGUGGAUGCUUUUGAAGUAUUUCCAAAAGUAAAGUUUUAUGUGCGAAAUGUUCGUAUUUUUAAGGUAAGAAACAAUUUCUUAAGACUUUCUUCAUAAAGAUAUAUUGUACAUUUGAAGAAAUUGUUAUUUAAUUAUUUUUCUUCACUCAUAUUAAAGUGCAAUUAUA